AUGAUUUCAAAGAGAUUAAUCCAGCAACGCCCCAGUAUUGGCGAGCUGGACAUUGAUAUGAAAUUAAAGAUGUCUAAUUAUGAAGAAACAGUUCGUCAACUAGACAUAUAUUAUGGAAUAGUCAAGAGGCAGCUACUACGGUACCAAAGUUCAAUAACAGGUCUCUUCCCAGUUGUCUCCACUGAAAAAGAGGUAGCAAGUGUUCGGGAGAGUAUAUAUUGUGCCGCUGCUAUUUGGAGCCUUUAUCAGGCCUACAGGAGAAUAGAUGAUGACCGUGGAAAAUCAUAUGAGUUAGGCCAAUCUUCUGUAAAAUGCAUGAGGGGGAUUUUGGAGUGUUGGAUUAAACAAGCGUCAAGAAUUGAGCUUUUCAAAAAAAACCAAUGCAACAAACAUGCUCUGCAUUGCAAGUUUCACCUCAUCACUGGAGAUAUCAUUUAUACUGAUGAUGAAUAUACCCAUCUUCAAAUUGAUGUUGUGUCCCUGUACCUGAUUUUUUUGGUACAAAUGAUUACAUCUGGACUUCAGAUAAUUUACACUCAAGAUGAAGUAGCAUUUGUUCAAAAUUUGGUGUACUAUGUAGAGCGUGCUUACCGCACGCCCGAUUAUGGGAUGUGGGAGCGUGGAAGUAAAUACAAUGAUGGCACACCUGAGAUUCAUGCAAGCUCCAUUGGAAUGGCAAAGAGUGCCCUAGAAGCUAUUAAUGGGUGUAAUCUUUUUGGGGAAAAAGGAGCAUCUUGGUCUGUUAUUUAUGUUGAUAUUGAUGCUCACAACCGAAACAGAAGUAUUUUUGAAACAAUGCUGCCCAGGGAGUCAAGUUCCAAGGCAGUGGACGCCUCCCUUAUCCCUACAAUAUCAUUCCCAGCAUUUGCAACUCAUGAAGAACUCUUGAGUACAGAAACAAAGGCUAAUGUUGUCCGUAAGUUAAAGGGCCAAUAUGGUUUCAAGCGUUUUGGACGAGAUGGCUACAAGAGUGUGUUGGAAGAUACUUCUCGGCGAUUUUACAAGGACGGAGAAACAAAGGAGUUUGAGGGAAUUGAAAAUGAAUGGCCACUCUUCUACAUUUUUAUGAUAAUAGAUGGUGUAUUUAAAUCUCAACCUGAGCAGGUAGAAGAGUAUCAAAAUCUUUUGAAGCCUCGCAUUAAGAAAGACACCAAUGGGGAUCCAGUAAUACCUAUGUAUUUCUAUGUCCCUGAGGAAAAUAUUGAAAUCGAAAAGCAGGACCCUGGAACAUCAGUGAGACUGGCCAGUGAGGAGGGCAGAGGGGGUGAUGGCGGCUUGUGCCUUUGGAAUCAAUCAAUGCUUAUUAUUGCCCAGCUUCUUACGGCCGGUCUGCUUCACAUCAAUGAGCUCGACCCCAUUCGUCGGUACUUACCUUCGUUCAACCGGCCCCGAAAGGGUGGUCGCUAUUCAGCUUUCCAGGGUACUGCUACAGAUUUAGUGGUACAAAUUGUGCUUAUUGCUGAGUCUAUGCGACUUCAAGCUAUGAUGGCUACUUAUGGAAUCCAAACGCAGACUCCUCAUGAAGUGGAGCCUGUCCAAAUAUGGUCAUCCCGGAAAUUGGAGGAAGUUUAUCAAAACUUGGGAGUAAACCGUAAAAUUGGUUUAAAGGGUAGACCAAUGCGUCCUGUUGGAGCGCUAGGCACUAGCAAGGUUUAUCGAGUUUGUGGAAUGACUGUUUUGUGCUAUCCACUCAUUUUUGAAGUGUCAGAGUUCUAUCUCUACAGUGAUAUGGCCUUGUUAAUUGAUGACAUAAAAACAGAGCUUCAAUUUGUUGGUCGGUAUUGGCGUUUGUCUGGUCGUCCUACUGUUUGUCUACUCAUUCGUGAGGAGCAUAUGCGGGACCCACAGUUUAAAGAAAUGUUGGAUCUAAUGGCUAUGUUGAAGAAAGGUUACUGCGACAGUGUUAAAGUUCGUAUUGGGCGUUUGCAAAACUUAAUUGCCUCUUCCUGCAUAGAACAUCUUGAUUUCAUGAACACUGUUGACACAUCUGAGAUGGUGUUUGAGCAGUUCAAACAGCUGGAGCAUGAAUACAUUGGUUACCAGAGCCUGACUGAUGUACCUCGGUCAUUGAAUUAUUCAGAAGACAGCAUGAGCUAUCUGCAUCUUGAAACAAAACCUAUUUGGGAAGUAAUUGAUGCAAUCAGAGGCUCAUCAGGCCUGCAUGCCAAAUGUCAAUUAUUUGGCAUUCUUCUGAAAAGGGAGGGCCCCAACUAUGAUGUGAAUGGCCUUACUGUGGCAGAGCACUUGAGGAGUCUCUAUCAACAGGCCUGCGGCCUCCAUUACUGGAUAGCUGUUCGCUACUGCAGCAGCCUACUCCAUCACACCGUCGACAGUAUUAGUCCAUUUAUUACAACAGUCCUUGUUAAUGGAAAGCAGCUUACAGUAGGAGCAAUAGGACACCAAGAGACUGUUUUUGACAAGCCACUGACUCCUGCAGAAAUUCAGUCUAUCAUGUAUAACCGGAUACAACCCUAUGAUGUGAUCCAGGCUGUCUUGCAACAGGAGGUUGUUUUAUAUUGUGGCCGCCUUAUUGCUACAAAUCCUGAAAUGUUCAAAGGCAUUCUCAAGAUCAGAGUAGGGUGGGUGCUGGAAGCAAUGAAGCUAUACUUGCAAAUGCUGGGGCAAGAUGCCAUGUCUUUAGAGAACCACAGUCCAUACCAAGUUCGACAGCUCCUUCACAAAGUUCUCUCUGUAAAGGAUUGGGCCUCCAAUGAAAACCUAACACCUUUGCAGAGGAGACAGCUGGAAGGGUGUCUAUGUCGGGUCCCAUCUCAUUUUUAUAACCGCGUGUGGGAUGUUAUGACUAGAACCCCUGGUGGACUCCAAGUGCAAGGCCACAACUUGCCAGCUCAGCCAACACUCUCCAAUAUGACUAGAUCAGAAUUGAACUUUGCAUUGCUAGUUGAAGAAAUGUUGAACCACAUACAAGCACCAGCAUAUAGGCAAAUGGUGGUCGAGCUGCUGUGCAUCAUCUCUACAAUUUUGUUGAGGAAUCCAGAGUUAACGUUCCAAAACCAUCUGGACUUGGACGAGCUCGUAAUGGAGGCUUUCCAUAUGUAUUGCAAGGACAAUAAGCUCCCAGUGACCAAAGACCAGACCAAGUUCUUCUCAGCUCCGCAUUCAAUCACAACAGGCUACCUUGCUCGGGCAGUAGUGAACAAUGUUCUACAGGGUGGCCAGCUUGCUACAGGUUCUGACAAUGAUAAUGAUACACAGUAUGACGAUAUGUGCAAGGUGUCAUAAUUUGGGAACUUGUUGUCUUCCCACCAAAAUGCUUUUAAUUAUCACCUAUUAGUGUUAAGAAGUGAGAACUUGUUGAAAUGAAAUAAUAGUUCCUUCUAUUGACAGUGCCAUACGUAACUUGUUUAGACUUAUGAUAUUGGUCUAGUAAGCUUCUCUUUAUCAAUACUUCAUCUCUAAAAUAUUUUUUAGAUUUAACUCAGCAGAAUAUUAAAAAAAAAUAUGAAAGACAUUCUGUGAUCUUUUCAGUGCCAAAAUAUGUGUCCCUUUUACUACAUGUGCCAUUUAUCUUGUCUGUAUCUUACUGUUUUUAUUCUGUUAAGAUUUUAUGCCUGUUAUUGCAUAUGCAUAAUCAAACAUCAUGUGAUCUGUUUUCAAAUCAUAUUUAUAAUCUGGUCCAGAAGCACUAAAAUUCAGAAUAAAAUAUAAAACCAGAAA